CAACUUCCGAGUUUGUCGUGUUUCUGGUUUUGAAACACUGCUUACCUUUUAGGUUUUAACACGAAAGGUGAAGAAGCUCUUCUUCCAUGGGAGCAGAAAUAGGCCGAAUAGAGAGUAGUAGGUGGAGAUGGCGAGUUAUCUGUGGAGGAAAUAUGCGGAUCACUUGUACUCAAAGUGGGAGAAAACGUUCCUAUGGGACAUGAUUGAACCUUACAGACGCCCCAAAUCCUUCACCCCACUCGUCACCAUCUAUGUCGCUGCGUUCUAUACUGGGGUCAUUGGAGCUGCAAUUACAGAGCAACUCUAUAAGGAAAAAUAUUGGGAGGACCACCCAGGAGAAGCAGUGCCUCUCAUGAAGCCGAAGUUCUACUAUGGGCCCUGGAAAGUACUGAGAGGGGAUUUCCUUCCACCCAACCAGUAAAUCAGACCCACUCCAUCGGGAUGGCACCAUUGGUUUUUGUCACUUUAUGUCAUGUUCAUACGCAACAAGCUUUUCUAGUACAAGCUAAAAAAAAUUUCUGAGAAACACCUUGGAAUUAAGUAAUCAGGACGUUACAUUAGCGUGAUAACACCUGUUGCUCUUUCCUUAGAAUGAGAAGAAAGUCAGUCUUAUGAUGUUUGCACUGAUAAGAACAUUUUUGGGUAAUGGGUUUUAGUAAUGUUGAAUUAUAACUUUUCCUCUUAUUUAAUUUGUAGACAUCAUUUGAUUUAUCAAACCGUGAUUCAUCACAUUCAGUUUCA